GUUCAUAACAACACAGCCUGAUUUGUGCGGCUACGGUUUUCCUAGAGGAGAAAUUUCUUGAUUUUUAGUGGGGGAGGAGCCAUCCCCAUCCACCAUAACAACCGAUCUCUAGAAAACCAAUCAGUCUAGAGCUGACCAACAAUAUCAACAAUAAUAUAUAUGUCCUUAUAUACUUUUACUUUAAUAUAUUCCAACUAUACGAGCCACUGCCACAAGAAGAAGAGAGAACUCGCUCAGUCUCUCAGAUUCCGUGAUAUUCUUGAGCUUCUUGAAUCUUGGUCGAGGGUUAGAGUCUGAUCACUAGCAUAUUCCAAGUUGAGGAGUUUGUGGAUUGUGGAAAGACCUGAAAGACUUGCCAAAGCUAAGACUUUCUUAGGGAAGCAAGGGGAAAAAUAGAGGCUGUUUCCUUUAGCAGCAUGGAUUGGCUUGAUGAAGUCUAUAGAGAACGGGUAGCAGCGCUUUGGCGGGCUAUGCAUGCAACAAGAUGCGUUAGAGAAGAUAAUCUUCCAUGCAAAAUUGAAGAGGGUCUCUAUUUGGGUUCCAUUGGAGCUGCGAAUAACAAAAGCGAAUUGAAAAGAUUGAAUGUAACUCACAUACUUACUGUGGCCAAUUCUUUGCCCCCCAUUCAUCCCAAUGACUUUGUGUACAAGAUAAUCGAUAUCCCGGACAGAGAAGACGUGAAUAUAGCAAACUAUUUUGAGGAGUGUUUCAAUUUCAUUGCUGGAGCUAAAAGAACAGGUGGUGGUGUAUUGGUUCACUGUUUUGUCGGGAAAUCCAGAAGUGUGACUAUUAUCCUUGCUUAUCUAAUGAAGAAGUAUAGUAUGAGCGUGUCCGAAGCUUUGAAGCAUGUGAAAAGUAAACGACCGAUAGCAUCUCCCAACUCUGGUUUUAUGACACAGCUUCAAAACUUUGAGAAAUCUCUUCAAGGUUGUGAAGUCGAUGGUAACAGAGCUUUUCCAUUUUGAAGAAUGUCCUCAUGGACAACCAAAAAUGUUUUGUACUGGUCUCGGUGGCGGAGCCAAGAUCUUCAUUCAGGUUGUCAAACUGAGUGAAAGGAAUUUUUAUCAAUAAAAAUGCUCCAAUCGUCGUUAUUAUGCUUUCUUAUAGUACAUGGUAUAAAUAUGUUUGCUCUUUAUUUUCGUUAGCAAAAUACCCGUAUUCUUCUAUUUGGUUUUAAGAGCAAGUUAAUAUUACUUGACUUGAGGACCAAACCAAUUUUUUCCCAAAUUUUUGGAUAUCUGUUUCGGAUUACAUCACAAAUAUUUGAACAAAACGUGAAGCAUGUUGAAAAGGAGUAACUUUUUUUUUUUUCCAGGAUUCUAAGUGUCAAUUCAGGGUAGUUCCAUUUUAAACCGUACUUUCUCUACUCAACCUAUUAGCCUUGAGGUUCUGGAUUCAAAUCUGAGGCGUAACCUCCAUUAAUGUAGACCUAACUGGGCAAAGUAGUUUCCCCUGUUACGUUUAUUCCUUGAGGUAAUUCGCAAUUUCAAUCCUCCACUUAAUCAAAUCUAU